AUGUCUGGCGCACAGGGACAAGGCUCGGUGCGGAAGCGGAAAGACGUGCCCGUCACCACUACCCCCAAAGCAAAGGAUGUUUCCUCGAAUGGCAUUGCAGCCCCUCGAGAUGUCGACCUCGACGCCUUAAUCCAGGCCAAUCUGGCCAGCAAGCCACCAGCUGUUGAAUGGGACUACCGGAUUGCGAUCUCGGUCCUCACAAUACUGGCCUUGAUGACGAGAUUCUGGGGCAUCAGCCAUCCAAACGAGGUCGUCUUCGACGAGGUUCAUUUCGGCAAGUUUGCCUCUUACUAUCUCGAACGAACAUAUUUCUUCGAUGUCCACCCUCCGCUGGGAAAGCUUCUGUUCGCCCUGAUGGGUUGGUUCGUUGGAUACGACGGCCACUUCCAUUUCGAAAACAUCGGCGACUCAUACGUCCAAAAUAAGGUCCCAUACGUGGCAUACCGUGCUAUGCCAGCCUUUCUCGGAGCUCUGACUGUGCCGGUGGUAUUCGCCAUUAUGUGGGAAUCGGGCUACACCCUUCCAGCUUGUAUCCUUUCGGCAUGCCUUGUCCUCUUCGAUAACGCACACAUUGGACAAACUCGCCUCAUCCUGCUCGAUGCUGGACUUAUAUUUGCCAUGGCCUGCAGUCUUUUGUGCUACGUCAAGUUCUAUAAGCUCAGACACGAACCUUUCGGGCGCAAGUGGUGGAAGUGGUUGCUCCUUACUGGAUUCUCCCUCAGCUGCAUCAUGUCGAUCAAAUAUAUUGGAACAUUUUCCUUCGUAACCAUCGGAGUGGCAGUUGCGAUCGACCUCUGGGAUCUGCUGGACAUCAAGCGCCGCCAAGGAGCGCUUAGCCUUCCAGAUUUUGGAAAGCAUUUUGCUGCGCGAACAUUUGCUUUGAUCGUCGCUCCCUUCUUCUUCUACCUGUUCUGGUUCCAGGUUCACUUUGCGAUUCUGAACCGAUCCGGUCCCGGUGACGACUUCAUGUCCCCCGAAUUCCAGGAGACUUUAAGCGACAACAACAUGUUGGCCAAUGCGAUCACUAUUGAAUUUAUGGACAACAUCCAAAUCAAGCACAAGGAGACCUCAGGAUUCCUCCACAGUCACCCUGACAAAUAUCCUCUCAGAUAUGACGACGGGAGAGUCUCCAGCCAAGGCCAGCAAGUCACCGGGUAUCCAUUCGCCGACGCCAACAACCAUUGGCAAAUCCUUCCACUACACAGCCAGGAGACACUUGGAAUACCCGUCAGAAACAACGACAUUGUCAGGCUCCGCCAUGUGGUCACUGACACCAUGCUUUUGUCCCACGACGUUGCUUCUCCAUACUACCCCACCAACCAGGAGUUUACCACCGUCCCGAUGGACGAGGCCCUGGGUGAGCGCUACAACGAUACCCUCUUCGAGAUCCGAAUCGAAAAUGGUAGACUAAACCAGGAGUUCAAAAGUCUCUCUGGACAAUUCAAGCUCAUUCACAACCCAAGUAAGGUUGCCAUGUGGACCCACUCUACGCCUCUCCCGGACUGGGCCUACAAGCAACAAGAGAUCAAUGGCAACAAGAACCUGGCCCAAGCCUCCAACGUAUGGUUUGUUGACUCGAUCCCUUCUAUCCCUGCCGAUAGCCCACGUUUGAUCAAGGAAGAGCGCAAAGUCAAAAGUCUUCCCUUCUUCAGGAAAUGGUUCGAGUUGCAGAGAGCUAUGUUCUACCACAAUAAUGCUCUGACUAGCAGCCAUCCAUAUGCCAGUGAGCCUUUCGUCUGGCCGUUUUUGUUACGCGGUGUCAGUUUCUGGACCCAAACCGAUACCCGCAAGCAGAUUUACUUCCUUGGAAAUCCUAUCGGUUGGUGGUUAGCAAGCAGUCUUCUCGCUGUUUAUGCUGGUAUCAUUGCCGCUGAUCAAUUGUCUCUCCGCCGUGGUGUUGACGCAUUGGAUCUCCGCGCCCGAUCUCGUCUGUACAACUCCACCGGUUUCUUUUUCAUUGCAUGGGCGACCCAUUACCUUCCCUUCUAUGUCAUGGGCCGUCAACUUUUCCUUCAUCACUAUCUGCCGGCCCAUCUCGCUUCCACCCUCGUAACAGGAGCCCUGCUCGAGUUUGUUUUUAGCGUGGAGCCACUCGUUGACGACGCCCCGGGAAGUAAGAAAGCCAAGAAGUACCUUCCAGCGCGCGAGAAGCUCGUUGGCCAAAACCUGAUGGUUUCCUGGGCGGCAGUAGGAGUCAUCCUCACGCUCGUCAUCGGAAGUUGGUACUGGUUCCUGCCUCUCACGUAUGGAACUCCAGGCCUAGACGUGGAUCAAGUCAACGCUAGAAAGUGGCUGGGCUAUGACCUACACUUUGCUAAAUAG